UUAUGAGUUCAGCAGUUCAAGUUACCCAGCUACAGAAUGUAAGUAGCGUUUAUACGACGAGCAAACAUCUGCAUUUAAAGUGUUUCCAUUCACAAAUAGCUGCAGGUGAUUUGAACUACAGCGGCGUCCCCAGUUAUUAUUGAAAUGUACUAGGAACAGGUACAUUUAAUCCAAAUGUUUUCAAGUUGUGAUUAAGCUUCUGGCACACGCCCAUGGAUGAUCACAGUUGAGAAGGAUAUCUGAGUCGACUUGCUGAGACUGAAAUAACUUGCCGGGGAGAAUUAAUCUAAAACAAGCUUUUUAUUAAGAUAAUACUGGCAAAGAACAAAUAAUGUCAGAGAAGAAGGGACAGGACGGUUGCAGGGUGAAGGUUUGGAAGCAGGACCCAAGUGUGUCCAAACUUGGUGUCAGGACAUCAUACAUACACACUCCAGUGAAACCUGGACCCCGGGACGACAAGAUUGUCGUCGCCAACAAACCCAUUAGAUAUUCCAAUGGCGACGGUACAUUUACGAAGAUGAAGGGUGUGAAAACCGUUGGGAAGAAUAAAAAGGGAGAUUUGAUGUUCAGUCCCAAGAAAGAAUUAGAAAAGUUUGAUGCCGUACAUACUUUUGCCGUCGUAAGACAAGUUGUUACGAUGUUUGAACGAGCGUUGCGUCGGAUGAAAAUAUCUCAAAGUUUAGAGUGGCAAUGGGGUAAAACACCAAUUACAAUCCAUCCCAACGCUGGAUACUGGGACAACGCAUUUUACAAUCGAGACUGGAAAGCUUUAUGUUUCUUCUCUUUCUACCCUGGAGAUGAUGCUAACAAAGAAAUGAUUUACACAUGUCGAUCGUUUGAUAUCAUUGCUCACGAGACUGGCCACGCCGUACUGGAUAGUCUAAGACCCGGAUGGUAUGACGACGAAGCCAUCGUUCAAACUGGCGCACUCCACGAAUCAUUUGGGGAUCUCACGUGCAUAUUUCUUAUGCUUGACCAGAUGGAUAUAUGCGAAGCGAUCAUUGCCGAGUCCAAAGGUAACCUUCACAAGAAAUUCUUCUUUACGAUCAUAGGUGAACAAUUCGGGAAAGGACUAGGAUACAAGCUGGGUUUGAGAAAUGCAGAUAAUAAUCUGAACCUUACUAAGGCCGGGAAUGAGGUACACAGUCUCUCCAGAGUCUUCACAGGCGCUGUGUAUGAUAUCAUGGCAGGUAUGUUCUACUCUCUGAGGGAGCCAGAUCUCCAUAGCCAGGCCGAGACUUUGUUCAGAGUUGGCAAGCACAUCUGCUCCCUCGUCAUCAUGGCUGUACUGAAGUCCCCAUAUAAUAAUGCUAGCUUUAAAGAUGUAGCAGAAAAUAUGAUAAAAUAUGAGCAAGACGACCCAUGGAAAGAAAAGAUCAGGGAGGAAUUUAGCAAACGUCAAGUCUUAGGGCCGAACGCUUUGAAAAUGAAUAAACAUAAUAAAGUAAAGGGGUUUGUGAAGAAUUGUUGUGUUACAAUGCGCCACAGCAAAGUACCAGAUAAUAUUGAUACCGUCCCCAAACGUAAACGCAAGUCUUCGACUUCAAGAGGUGAUUCCCCAAAGAGAAAAAAGAAGGAUAACAAUAGCAACAAGAAAAAGAAUAAAAGCAGGAAGCCGAAAAAUCCGAAAUAA